GCCAAAAGUGCUCGUCUGUGUGUCGUGAGGUGACUCGCGCGGUUGGUAAAGACCGACUCACCAAACUGGACUGUGCAGAAGAUGCGACGACGAGCAAAAGAUGGAAAGGUCGGGCGGGGCUUGUGGAAUUUACACGCUGCAUGGCUCGAGCGCGGAAGGUGUUGAACGCACGAGUCACGAGUCACAGUGGAGGAGACGCGCUGCCGACGGCGAGCGGCACGUAGAGCGUGGAGCAUUCAAGAUUGGUGAUUGUGAUUGCUCCGCAACUUCUUCCACAGCAGAUACCGCUCUCAAUUGCGCGAGUGCAAUCUCCUUGCGCAUUGAUACGACAUCCACAUCACGCACAUACUACUACAAGGGAUUUCGCGCUGACAGAUCAUCGGGAGCAGCGCAGGAGAGGACCAGGUAGGACUCGAGCCUUUCAUACGAACAUCCCAAUCGGUCAGCUGGAG